CAGGUAUUACUGCUGAUAUCACUCAUCUUGUGAUUCAUUUGUUUACAUGUGUUUAUCUUGUUUAAACAUGUUAGGAGAUAUUAACCUAUAUAUUCCUGUGUAAUAACAUAGACAUUCUGCAUGUAGUUUUUAGGUUUAGAUGAUUUGAUAGUCAAAUCUUUGAUCGACAAGCAUAUGUGAGGAAUCUUGAUAACGAUAUCUAAACAUCAAACGUAGAGUCCCCAGUGUCACAUUUAAACUAACCCCUCGUGGGCCUCGUUUACUGCAACCUUUGAUGCGAGUUGCUCAUCCAGUGAUCAAGGUGGAAAUAUUCCUGCAACAAGUUCUACUGGUAGCCAGCCUGGCAGGUGCUUGUUUGGGUGUCAGAUGUUUGUGUCGGAGACUGGCGACUCCCUGGAGAUGGUGGGUAUAAAUAUCACCCAUCCAGGGGGAUCUGAGUCACACCAGUCAGACUCCCACUUUCCAAUCUCUCUCGACAAAACUUCGCCAUCGGACAAGUCCUGUUUCUGCAGUAACACCAGUGAAAGUGUAUUUCAAGCCGAAUAGCUGUACUAGCAAGGCUUACUUUCAGAAAAGGUGGUUGCUAUAAUAAUUUCAAUUCAGUCAUCUCUGACAUUUUUGUGUGAGGUUUUCAUCAAUGUCUCUGAUUCGCCACGUGCCGAUAUCCUGGGAUGUGCCCAGCUCCUGGAACAGACAUGGCUGGAACAUGGACCAUUUUAAUCCAGAACGCCAGCUUAGCAUGCUGGAUCGGGAAAUGAGAGAUAUGAGUAUGCGAUCAGGAUUCCGUGACAUGAACAUGAGCUCUGACAAUCGAAUCUCCAACCUCCGGUCUGAUUUUGACCAUUGGACGCCAUAUGCGAGGUCAUCGUCAUCAAUGGUACCCAGCAUGCCGAUGAUGACCAUGCCAUCUUUUGAUGGCGAUUUCCAGUAUUCCUUGCGACAUAUGGAUAGAGAGAGAUGAAGAGAAUGACAGAAGAAAUGAACAGGAUGUUUUCACAUUGUCAGCACCUUGUUCCAGUCGACUCCCAGCCCGAGACCUGGAGAACUCGGGAGAAUUUCCUAAUGGAGAACCCAAUUGUGCAUGAUCAGUUUGGAGGCAAGAAAUUUCAACUUCAGUUCGAUGUCCGCCAGUUUAAACCUGAAGAGAUUAUGGUGAAGACUGCCGAGAAACAGCUCUCGGUGCAUGCUCGCCACGAGGAAAAGGGAAAUGAUAAGUCUGUGUUUCGUGAAUACCACCGUCAGUUCACGCUUCCAACCAACAUGAACCCAGAGUCUCUUGUGUCCAAACUGAACAGAGAUGGACUCUUGACAAUUGAGGCACCCCUACCGGCUUUGGAAGAAUCGCCUAAACUCAUUCCCAUCGAGCACAAUUAAUCAUGAUGUGUUGACAGGACUUGUUAUUGAACUGGACCAAAAUGCUGUAUCGUUUUUGAACAGUAUAUCUCAUUUACUUAUGUAUUGUGAAAUAUUGGGAUCUGGACUGACGAAAUCCAUUCAGGUAGAGGAUUGUAGUAUCUGUGAGUUUUCUAGUCAUUUCUUAUACCAUGUCAUGUAGUAAUAUUUAUUUAGUGAUUUGUAAUAUUUUGUGUACAUAUUCCAGCUAAAUGCAUUUACCUGUUGAACAUUAUAACAUUCUGAAACUGAUUAUGGUGCUAUUUGGGUCGAGUUCGUUGACAGACAGUACAGCUGUGUUGUGUUUGAGGGGUGUAUACCAUAUUCAACCUAAUUAGUGCCCAUGCAUAGGUACAUCUAUUAGUAUUACCUGAACCUCCCUUUCUUUGUAUAUUGGGCGGUGGGGUAGGUUAAUGGUGGUUAAUAGGUUAGUGGUUAAAGUGUUUGCUCGUCAUACCGAAGACCCGGGUUCGAUUCCCCACAUGGGUACAAUGUGUGAAGCCCGUUUCUGGUGAUACUCACUCACUCACUCUUUCACAGUCUUUGUAUCUUAUAUAAAUGGACACUCAUUAGGUUGAAGUUAAACAUAUUUGACUUAGUGAGCAUGGAAAUAGUAAUAGUCACAUCGGCAGUAUUUCAGCCACAUUGUGACCAGAUGCUAUUUAAACUAUGUAUUAAAUUAAAUAUGUUAAUAUAUUUUUCAGAGAUAUUGCCACCUCAUAUUGUAUAUAUAUAUAUCUAUAUCUCGCAUACAGGUUACGUCUAUAUAUAGAUAUAUGUAGAUAGAUAAGUAUAUACCACUCAAAAGUGAAAGACCAGAUUUACCAGGACUAUGGUUUAUGUGUCA